AUGGACCAGCCUAAGGAAACUAAACAUCCUACACAAAACCUUCCUCUGGAGAGCUUGUCUCAAGGCACUCCCCACCCGAGCCAACUUGGCCAAGAGGAAGGUAGUACAGGACCCAGCAUGCCCAAUUUGCCUACAGUCAGCAGAGACCAUAGAACAUAUCCUUUGGGAAUGCCAUCAGCAAGGGACGUUUGGGCACUGAGCAAUAGAAAACUCCAAAAGGCUAGCUCACACUCACCUCAUUUUGUAGAGAUGUUUGAAAACUUUGCCGACUCCUUGGGAAUAGAAGUAAUGCUCACAUUUGCAGUCACCUCUUGGAACAUUUGGAAGAGAAGGAACAAGGUGGUAUUCAAAGGACUCCUUACACACCCCUCUACUGUGGUCCAACUAUCCCAACAACUUGUUGAAGACCUUCUACAGCUUAACCUAAAGAAGAAAACCAAGGGAUUUGGCCAGCCUCACAAUACACAUUGGGAGGCACCCCCUCAAGGCAAAGUCAAGGUUAAUUGGGAUGCAUCGGUUGACAAAGUCUCAUGUAAGGUGGGAGUGGGAGCUAUCAUCAGAGAUUGGGAGAGUAAAGUGCUAGCAACCUUUAGGAUGAAGCAUGACCUAUUCCCGGAUCCGCUAAUGGCAGAAGCAUUUGCAGCUCUCCAGGCAGCCACUUUCUGCAAGUCUUUGGGAUACUUGGACAUCAUCAUGGAAGGAGACUCUUUGCUGGUAGUCUCAGGCCUCACAUCAGAGAGAGAAGACCUCACCUAUACAAGCUUGAUCAUUGCAGACAUUAGAGACACACUUAACACCUUUAAUUCAUGGUCAACAAGGCAUACUUUUAGAGCAAACAAUGAAGUUGCUCAUGCCUUAAGCAAGGAUGCUCUUAGCAUUAUUGGUAGCACCACUACUUUUGAUUUCAUUCCACCAUGUAUCCAAACUUUGAUCUAA